UCCUCCCACCACUGUGGAGUGAAGUGUUCAGCCUUCAGACUGAAAACAGCAAAUCUCAGUAAACAGCGGCUCAGUGCGCGCGGCCUGUCCCCCAGCCCGGGAGCGGAUUACCCAGCGCUGACGGAUUGUGAGACCCGCAGGACUCGCGGAAUAAACCCGGAGCAGAAAAUAAACACCUGCCUUUAUAUUUUCAGCUCCGUUUAUAUACAGCUCCAGCUUAUACACAGCUCUCCAUAACAGCAGAGCAGAGGGAGCCACAAGUCUCCGCCUGGAGAAACACCACCAGCAGCAGGAGCAGGAGGAGGAGGAGUGCUGGACACUCCUGAUUGGAAAAAUUCCCAGAGUAACUGAACAGCAGGCACCUGAUCCGGUGAAGGGUGAGAAAACAAAUCCCCCAGCACCUCACUUCCAAUGUCCCUGUUAAUUUUAUACUGUAAAGCCACGCCCACCCCAUCCUACAUCCUGCUCUGACUCGCCCAUCGCCAACCAUGAAGGAGGUGGGGCUUUGGUCAGUGGAGGAGGUUUCUGAGUGGCUGGUGGAUCAGGGCAUGACGGAAUAUUCAGAGGCUCUUAGGAACGUGGACGGCCGCGCCCUCCUACAGCUCUCUGAAUCAGACUUCAGGAGUCCUCCGUUGUCACGGGUUACCGGGGACAAUGGACACCAGCUACUGGAGCGAGUGGAGACACUACGCAUUGCCAACCACAUGGAGGUGCACAAGAAUGGAAAGCACGGCAGCAGCCAUCACACCAACGGACACGUGAGCAUCACCAUCGGUAACGGGGCCAUUAGCAACGGAAAGAUCCGCAACGUGGAGCCAAAAAAUGGCUUCCAUUCAGAGCCAGUCCAAAUACACAUCCCUCUACCCCCCGAACACGAGCGCACUUCUUUUCCCACAGAAUGGUCUAAGACGGGCGUAGCCUUCCUUUACGCCGUGUGCUGCUUCGUCACCACGUCAGUGGUGAUUUCGGUAGUACACGAGCGAGUCCCAACCAAAGAAGAGUCUCCGCCCCUGCCGGAUAAGUUCUUUGAUGUGUUUGACCGCGUGCAGUGGGCCUUCUCCAUCUGCGAGAUCAACGGCAUGCUGCUGGUGAGCAUGUGGCUCAUACAGUGGCUCCUGCUUAAACACAGGGCGAUUGUUGGCCGGCGUUUCUUCUUUAUCGUGGGAACGCUGUACCUCUACAGGUGUGUGACCAUGUAUGUCACCACCCUGCCCGUUCCAGGCAUGCACUUCAAAUGCUCACCAAAGCUGGUCGGGAACUACGAGGCUCAGCUGUGGCGCAUUUUGAAGAUGAUCUCUGGAGGUGGUCUGUCAAUCACCGGAUCCCACUCCAUGUGUGGGGAUUAUCUUUACAGCGGGCACACCGUGAUGCUAACGCUAACAUACCUCUUCAUUAAAGAGUAUUCUCCGCGGAGGUUUUGGUGGUAUCACUGCUUCUGUCUGGGUUUGAGUGCUGUUGGGAUUUUCUUCAUCCUGCUGGCUCAUGAUCACUAUACAGUGGACGUGGUUGUUGCUUACUUCAUCACUACACGCCUCUUCUGGUGGUACCACACGAUGGCUAAUCAGCAGAUUCUUAAGCAGAAAUCCCAGGGGAACACCUUUUCCCGGGUCUGGUGGUUCUUCCUCUUUCAGUACUUUGAACAGAACGUUCAGGGCAUCGUGCCUCGAAAUUACCAGCUGCCACUGCCUCUGCCUUUUCUGUGGCGCGUGUUGCCAGGGAGCCGGGUGGUGUACAGCCGGCUGGACUCCCACUGACCGGAAUGGACCGGGUCAGGCCCGGAGCUGAUGAGCUGGAGCUCUGUGAGACUCUGAGAAAGGGACAGGGACUACAUUUCCCAUCAGACCCUAUACGACUGGCUGAGCACUGUGACUUGUAUAUUACUUACUUUUUUUUUUCUUCUUUUUUUUUAUAAUAUUUCAACAUCCCUCUAAGCUCAGCCUCCGCCAACUUGACCUGCUGCUCCUUACUGUAGCGCUGAAGCCCAGAUUGGUUUUCUUCAUGCUUGAUAUCCUCAGCCUCAGUGUUUGGAUACAGAAGACUGAAUAUCCUCCUUCAAGCCCUACUUUUAACUGAAAUGUGUUCAAUUUACAGUCGCCAAACUACAUCAAACAGCCUGAACCUUUUACUUUUUACUUUUUUUUUAAUUGUUUCUCCACACUUUUUUUGCAGUGUACUAUUUCUACUGGUUCCAUGAUUCUACCACCACCAAGUUUAACAGUUUUGACAGUCACAGAAACAAAGUUCUUGGGGUUGAUUUAGUUUUUUUUCUUCUUCUUUGAUCAUUUUUUUCUGUCUUUUUUUUGUAAGAAUUAUAGUAAUCAUGGUUAAAGAGAUUUUUCUAACCGAUUUCGCAAAAAAAACAACAAAACAAAUAUUUUCCAAAUGUCCAAAUAUAGGACGUUUUUUAGAUUUGUAUUUCUCUGAAUGCUGGAACACCCGUCUUCAGUUUUAGAGCUUUUUCCAGUGCCUUUUUCCCCCUCGACCGAUUGUACCACACGUCGUCGCGCCUGCUUUUGAAUGAAUAACGUGUGAAUUGCACACAAAAACAUAGACUGAGUAAUUUUACACGUUUACUGUUCUGUCCAUCAGCUCUACUCUCUAAUCUCAUGCUGUCUGUCUGUCUGAAUGUCUUGCUUUUGAUUCUCUGAUCACGCAGAAUCUAUUUGACCUGUUAGAAUGUACAGUAUGUGCAAAGUCAUCUCCGCCUUACUUGACCCUCCAGAACCAAAACCUAAGCUAUAGUGAGAGACUUAGCUUAGCUUAGCAGGCGAACAAUUCUAGCGUUCUGUGACUCCUUUAGUUUGUUAUAGACGUCCUUCUUAGUGAUUGACAGAAUAACAGAUUAACAGCUGAUACAAAGUCAUUUUAUAAGAUUAACAAUUACAGAAAAAAACAAACUACUGUUUGAAACGUCAAUUAUGACUGCUGACAUUUACCUGCAUAAAAAUUUAGGUUAUAUUUUAUUUGAAGGGUACCUACAUAUAGGGGCUUCAUAACAUCUUUACAGGCAUUGAAAUUUAAAUUAUAUUUAUAAAGCAAUAUGUGGAUGGCUUAUGCUAUAAUUCGCAACAUGCAUUAAGUUCUAUAAAUGAUUUUGAGGCCUUCAAUUUUUUUUUUUUUAUAACACCUUCAUUAAACAGAAGCUUCAUAAUUUGGUAGAAAUGUUGUAUAUUGGAAAUAUUUUAUCAUGGCUUAAAGAACUAGUAAAUAAAUGUUUUCCUGUCGCUGAGGGGCCUAGCGGUCUAAAGCGCUGCCACUAUGGAUUGGAAUAUCCCAGUCAUGCAGCUUGCCAUCAGCUGCCAGAGCCCUGAAAAAGCACAAUUGGCCUUGCUCUCUCUGGGCGGGUAGAUGGUGCUCUCUCUCCACAUCACUCCAAAAUCGAUCAGCACAAGGCAUCUGUGAGCUGAUGUAUCGGAACCGAGUCGCUGCACUUUCCUAAGAACUGUCAGUAGACGCUCAGUAGAUUUUUACCAUUUCAGCACUUGCCCAUUAGCUUAUUUAUGCCUCCCACAUAUAUAUUAUAAACACUUAUGCAUGUUAUAUCAAUGCAAUCUCAUUUAUUUAAUAAAAAGUCAUACUUAUGUCUUGUUGCGAGUAUUGGCAUAAGCUCUUCAUAAAUACCCAAAAAAACGCUUUAUAAAUUAAAAAUCAUUUAUCCAUGCUUAUGAAUGAGUUAUGAAGCCCCUUUGUAUGUAGGUGUAUUUUAAAUAAUGUGUUACUAAAAUUUACAUAGUAUUGCUCAAGCUAAAUGUUAGUUGAAUUUGUUCAUUUUAAAGGCCUUCAACUCAACAAAGAACAAUCCAACAAGCCUUUAUAAAAAUGUAAAAAUUUUAAAAGAUCCAAGUUAUGUUAGUUGUUAUGAAAGGCCUAUAUACAUGUUGUUUAGCCUUAUAAAUACUGCCCUUUAAAAAUGUGCUAACAUUUUUGCAACCCUCUCCCCCUAGCGCCCCCUAGUGCCUGACAGUGUAACUGGUUGUUUUUGUUCAGAAUAAUAGCACAUUGUGAAUGUGUUUAAUUGAAACGUAUUAUGAUCAUUAUCGUGGCUGUGACCAUGUACACAGACAGUGUGAUGAUACAGUGUGAUAUAUCAGUCGAGCCCUAGUGUAUACCUUACACCUUACUGAUCAGCCUCUCUACAGACUCUCUACCUGCAGCCUUUCUUCAGUGUUGUUGGCCUGAAAGACUCAUGUGUUAAUUGAUGCCAUUUUUAAUGACCGUUACUGGCAUGUAUUUGGUUGUAAUGCAAGUGUAAACUCGAUCCAGAGGUGUAGACUUCUCACAUGCUGUGCUCUGUCCUAUACAAUACAGAAGAGUUAUAUUUUGUUUUUCAAUCUAUUGAUUAGUUUUAGUAUCAGUAUCGUAUUUAAUUUAACACACACUUAAAGACAGUAAUCGUGUCGCUGGAUUGAUCUCCAGAAGCAGGGCCGAUGUCCACCGCUUUAUGAAAUACCACAGAAUUUUUGUGUUUGCAAUGCCAGUGAAGUAUACUGCACACAUUCAUUAGAUUUCCUAAAAUCAGAACUUACUAAUAGAGUAGCCUAUUACAGAUUUUUAGGGUAAGUUUUUAGUUUUUGACCAUUUUUCCCUCCCAGUCACAUUAACCCCCCACUGCUAUCAGUAGUGAAAACUGACACUAACAGCUCAACACGUUUAAAGGAGAGCACUAAACCCCUAAAUUCUGUUAACAUACAGUACCACUCAAGUUUGGACACAUCUUAACUUCAGUGUUUUUUAUUUUUUUUUUCAAAUGUUCUGUAUUGUAGAUUAAUACUACUACUAUUAAUGCUAUUUUACAUUGUUGCUUUGAUGCUAGCUUGGCAUUUUCUCACUCAGCUUUAUGAGGUAGAGUCACCUGGAAUGGCUCUCAGUUAACAGCUGUGCUGAACUUGUCAAGAGUUGAUUACCUUAAUUUCUUUUUAAGAGCAUCAGUUGUAAAGUUGUGAAGAUGUAGAGUUACAGGCAUACAGUGAAUAGCUCUAUUUGAAUAAUGUUUUAAUCCAUAUUAUGGCAAGGAAUACUCCAUUUUAAAUUAAAAUCUCACAUAACUUAAAUGUUAUGAUGAAACUGGCACUCAUCAGGGCAACCCCAGGUUAUCAAAACCACAGAUAAGAGAGCUUAAAAGCUUCACAGAGUAUUGUAAGUAAGUUUACUACACGAUUCUACACGAUUUGUGUUCCCUUUUAGUCCUUUUUGGAUUACUUCAGGUGUAAUUUACAAUAUAGGAAAUACUAAAUAAAUAUAUAAAAAUACAUUGAAUGCGAAGGUGUCUCCAAACUUUUGACUGGUUUCGUACCUCUGCGAUUAGGUUAAAGUGAGGGUGGUUGUGCUUAUUUGCACUAAUAAUGCCUGAUAUCCCAUUAAUAUGGUCAGCACUUUGACAGUUGUGCCACUUAGAAGCAAAAUCUGUUCUUUUUCUUUUUCUGUUCGUUCUGCAGGUAAUCCUAUCAAAAGUAUUGUUAUCGUAUUGUUAUGGUUAUCAUCUACACUACAGAUAUGAAUACUGAACAUCCACAAGUGGAGUGUUUUUUUUAGCAUAUUUACAGUUUUUGUCACAUUUUUGUUAUGUCUGAAAUCCGUUUCCAUCCUUGAUUCCAUGUUCUCUGUGUCUUAGAAAUCAUACUGUUCUACACAAACAUGAAUUUCAAAUUCCUGAUUGAAUUUUUGCUAAAUGGGCAUCAUAAGAGCCAAGAUCAGCAGUCACAGACCAAAAGAACCCAGUUUAAAAGAGCUAAAAAAUUAAAUUUAAAUGUUUAUAUUUGUAUUUUUGUAGACUGAUACGUAGCCUCUAAUAUUUUAGGCCCACAGUGGGAGAACUUUUGUAGCUGGAUUUAGAAAAUCUUGUUUAGGAUUUCUAAACAUUCAGAACAAGAAGAAUGUGUUAGUUACCAUGGGUUUGUUUUUGUUUGAUGCAGAUGUUUGUGCAUUAGUGCAUUACUCUCUCAGUUUAGUUGAUGGAUGUUUUGAGCCCUGUCUUGUCAGGAUAAACGGAUGCUGGUGGGAUUUGCAGUUUUGUAUUUGUAGCCAAAAAUGGAUGUGAAAGUUUGGAUUGGUUUGAGAGAUUUCUGGUAGGAAUCUGUAAUAUAAUCCAUGUCAGGAGCUGCUAGUUUUUGGACUAGUAUGGCACCAACCUGCAAGACUGCAACAUUGACACUGUAAUAUUAUGACUGUUUAUGUUGAAGCGUUAAUUUAGCCCAUGUAGAGCGUGUCUUAUCCAGAGAACUAGCUCAAAAAGUUCUUCAAACUCACUUUCUGCUUCUCUAUCUGCCUGGUUUUGGGACUGAAGUAACAUGUUGGUACCACUUUACAAUAAGACUGCCUUUAUAAAGGGUUUAUAAAUGGUUUACAGUUAGUUUAUUAUGGAUUACUAAUUUGGUUGUAAAUGCCUUAAAAAUCAUACGUAGAAAGGGCAACAAUGACCUGUUGUUUGCCAAAUAGUGAACCCACAGCCAUCUAUAUUGUUCUUCUUUCUACGUAUGUGUUAUAACUGAUUAUUAAUGAUUUUUAAGGCAUUUACAACCUAAUUAGUAGCCAUUAAUAAACUAAUUGUAACCUAUUUAUAAACCCUUUAUAAAGGUAGUCUAUUUUAAAUUGGUACCAACAUGUUUGUUAAUAGGGCUGCACAAUGUGGACAAAAUACAACUAUGAAGCUAUGCACAGACCAGCCAUAACAUUAAAACUGAAGAGGACAGGUGUAUAACUAAAAAUAUUGAUAAUGUCAUUGAGGAAAGCACCUAAGUAAACAAAACUGUAAAAAAAAAAAAAAAACGCUGGAUGUUAUUUGGGUGAGUAAAGCACUUCUGUUUAUUUACAGUAAGCUCAGAUUUCCAGGAUUUUCCACAGCGAGGUUAGCAUCAGCGCUAGCCAUGGUUAGCAGCGCUUAGCUCAAGUAAAUGCUGCCCAAAAGCACUACACUGAGAAACCCUGAGUGUUCCCGUAACCCAGGGCAGUUUGUCCUCUGAAUAGCUUGUUUUAACACGGUAGACAUGCAGGGUACAGUCCUAUAUACUCACCUCUGAAUGGCAAAAGAGCUAGCGGUGCAGUUAGCUGCUAAUGCUAAUACUGCUCCAGUCUCAGCACUCGAGAAACUUCACUGCUUUACUAACUCCUGUAUAACUUUCUACUUCAGUGGAGUGGCUUUACUGCUCCCUAUAACCUGACUGGUAAAAUUCAUACAUAAGGCGCACCGGAUUAUAAGGGGCACUGUAGAUUUUUUGGAAAAUGUGAUAAUUUUAAGUGCGCCUUACAGUGUAUAGUUUUGUUGAUUUAUUCAACGCUUAUUUCUGUCAUACUCUCAAUCACUUUAAAAUAAAACAAACAGCAUAAAAUAGGAUUUAAAUGCUCUUAAUGUGGAAAGAUCUAAUAUUUAGUGAGUAAAUGUGUUUAAUCUGUUUUGUUUGAGCACUUUUGGGAACGUGUCUACUGCAGUGCUGCUACAAAUUAAUUAAUUAAGCUGAUAUUGUUGAUUAUAUCGACUAAUUGUUGCUGCCCUAAAACGAACGUGACCUUUAUCAUUUUGCUCACCUGAAUAUUACACCUGAUGUGUUAUCUAGUUCAAACGAAGAAUAUCCAAAUAUAAUAUCAUUGCCGUUAUGCAAACCAGACCUUGUAUCUCCAAAAUGGCAACUUUAUAGUUUCCAUUUCCAAAAUAUUUUUGGAGCAAUUCGAUUCGUCCUUUUAACAAUUGACACAAUGUUUUGUAAAACUGCCAAAAUCCGAUUAUGUUAAAAAGUAUAAAAUGUCAAAAAUGAAAAUCAAAGGUUGUCUGAUAAGUUCUGACCUUUAUUAGCAAUUUUAACAGCAGUCAAACAGAUAUUCCUUUAAAUAAAUAAAUAAAUAAAUAAAGACUGUUAUACUGCAAUAUAUAUAUAUAUUUUUUGUAAACUUCAAUAUCGAUUCAUCAAUACACCCCCAAAACACUGUUUCUGAACGGUUAUGUUAAAAUAGUUGUAGCACAAAAUAACAACAUUCUUAUUGUUAGCAUAGCUCAUUUGCAAUGCCCAUUACAAAUAAUACAUAUUGUGCAGCCCUAUUCAAAGUCGAUGCUUGCUUAAUGUUUUGCAGUUGUACAUUUUGCUUCGUUUAAAAUCAUUCGUUCAUAUUUGUUUACUCCCACUGUGUAAAGCUGCCGCAGUUUAGUGAUUUUACUUCAGUAGAGGUUUCAGAAAGAGUUUGCUUGAAAGGUUAAAUAUCUUUGAUUAAAUUUACAAGGUAUAUUGAAAAGCACUUUAAAAAAUAAAACAGUAACAUAUGUAUUAGUACGAUAUCAGUCCAAAGGAUUCCUUAUAUUGGCUUUAAACUCAGUAUUACCUGGAAAGCCAACUGUCCCUAGUGAAAGAAAAGCUAGAGUCUCCAGAAUGCUAGCAGGAGGACAGGAAAUGCAAGUUAACAGCACCAAGAUUGUAUUCCAAGCAAUUUUGGCUCAUCUCUGUUGGUCAUAUUAUGAAGUGUUAAUAUGAUCUGGCAGGCAGUUGCUAUGCAGUUGGUAAGAGAAAAAAUAGUGCCAAAUCCAAUUUAUUUUUUUGACUAUUCACACUAUUUUUUUUUAUGUGGCCCAUUUCUGACAUUUGUCUGAACAGUUCACAAUCCUACAGUGAUGCUCAUGUUAAAAAGAACAGCGCUUCACGUAAAGUUUCAGUUUCAUUUUCUCCAGCAUUAGAGGAACUAUCACGGGGUUUUACACUCAUUUUUUUCCAAAUCUGUUUCCAAAUGCUGUUGUCCAUUUUUCAGCCUUUUUCGCAAAUCAUAUGAUCUGGCAAAUUUGCUCUGUUUCACACAUGAUCUCAAAAAAACUAAUUUGGGCCACUUUUACCUGCUGUGUGAACAGCCAUGUUCAAAUGACAAUAAACAAAAAUAAUGACAUGCAUCAUAAUUUAGGAUCCUUUAUCAAUUAGGAGUAUGACUUCAGUCAAAUGUCUUAUUUGAACCGUAUUAAAAUGAAUAUUCAAAUGAUUAACUAAUGAUAAAGAGCCAGAUGCUAACUGGCUAAUGCUAACUAACUAAUAUUCCUAGUCCUAAUCACAUCUCAUUUCAUCUUACAUUUUCUUCUCGAUAAAAAAAAAAACAUUGUCAGAUUGUUAGGAGUUAAAAGUAGAGUAACAGAUACAAAGCGAUGACAUUAAUGUGAGGACUUACAGUGGUGCAUUGUGAAACGAGCCCCUGGUGAUCUUCUGUAAGAGGAAAAAUGAAGGGAAAAGUAGGGUAAAGGUUUUUAGUGAACUCAGGGUGACCUGGGGUCACAAGCGCGAGUAGAGUCUUGUAGAGUCUAAACAAACACGUGUUUACAGACAGAAACUGUACUGCAGAUAUUUUCUGGAGAUGUCCCAAAAACAUAUGAAACCAAGUUUAAUUUGAAAUCCUGUUAAAUACUGUCUUGUUAAAUACUUUGUCAUGAUUCUUUUUGUUAUAUUUGUUUUGUUUAAUUAUUGAACCCUGUUUAAUUUCUAAAAUCACUGGGGUUGUAAAAAGAACAGUGUCCACUUAAGUGUCCACCGUCCCUCUCUAUAGCGAUGAAGGCUGCUGUGUUGCUGUCAAUCAAGCUUAGUGAGAAAUCAACACUAUUUUCUCGAAGGCAUGUAUUAUUAUUAUUAUUAUUGUUAUUAUUAUUGUUAUUACUGUUGUUAUUAUUAUUCUUAUUGUCUUCUUUAUAUGUGAAUCAGCAUCCAUGGAAGUCUAAUUAUUUCUGUUCCUUGUCCAUAAAUAUCAGUUGGUCUGUGUACACCAGUUUAUGUUUGUGGUAAACAAUCUCAAAAUGAAAGAAAAAAGGGGAGGAGUUUGAAUAAAAACUUUUAUUCUGUA